AAGAUGAUAUUUCUUUUUUGACCUAUUUAUAUAGUUAAUUAUAUUAAUGUUUUUCCUAAUAUUGAGUCAUACUUAUGUUCUCAUAAUCUUAGUUGGGUAUAGUGUUGUUAAGUUUCUUUAAAUGUUGCUGGAUUAUAUUAAUAUGUUUAGGAUAUUAGCAUCUAUAUUCAUAAGUGUGAUUGGCCUGUAAUUUUUUUCACUCUUUGUCAAGAUUUGGGACCUGAAUUAUACCACGUUGCUAAAAAUAGUUAGGAGACUAUUCUUCCUCUGUGCUUUGGAACAGUUUCAAAAGCCUAGCAAUUAUCUGUUCUUUGGAAAUUUGAAAAAAGUUCACCUAUAAAGCUGCCUGGACCAGUUGCUUUUGUUGGGGGUAGUGUAGAGCAGAGUAGAACUUUCACUACUUUAAUAAUUCCUUUCCUGGCAUUGUCCAUUACAUUGUCUAUUUCUUCUUGAAUCAAUGUUGGUAAUUUAUAAUUUCCUACUGACUUUUAUAAAUCAUUAGCUUAGCAUUGUACCCAAGUUACUUUUCUUAUUUUAAAAAAUAUUUUCAAAUAUGCCCCUUGUCAUUCCUAAGUUUGUUUGUCUAUAAAACCUAUAGGAAGAUUUUUAUUACUCAUAUUUGCAUGCAAAAGCUUGAUAUUAUCAUUAUAAUGCCCGGCAUAGCAUGUUUGCCCUGCUCUUUGAUCUGGUUAGGGGGCUUUUACACCCAAGGAAAUGGCUUUGGUUCUCAGUCUGAAGCAGGAUUUUACAAAUGCAGCACUAUUGACAUUUAGGACCUGAUAAUUUUUUUGCUGGACACUGUCCUGUGAGUUGUAGGAUGUUUAGCCUACCCACUGGCCUCUACCCACUAGAUACUAUUUGUGAUGUUCUCCCCUACCCUCAUUCAUAACAAUCAAAAUUGUUUCCACUGGUCUAAAGAGAUACUGAGGAUAUGUUUUUGUAAAAAUAAGGAGGAAGUUCUCUUCUUUGGAUGCCUGUCAACCUGUGCCUUGUUACUUCCCAUGCCACCUUGUACUGUCAUCUACUGUCAUGGCAGUUUUCAAUUCCAGAUUUAACCUGUUGUCUGAAAUCUGGGCCUGAGAAAAUGACUUCACCACUUCCUCUGUACUUGACAGCAAUCUACCCCUGCCCGGGGAGGGGAAUCAUUUUUAGUAGUGGACUUAUAAUUCUGCCGAAACCAAAGUGAUUCAGAUGAAGAAAUGGUUGAAGUCACUUGAGUUGAGGUUUGUUAGUUCCUGUUGUUGCUUCCCCAACAGAAUACUAGUCUUUAAUUUGCCAUAGCUGUUCUUUAAUAAAUGCUAAUAACCAGUAACAUUUUGUGGCACUUAUCUCUGCUAGGUGCUCCACAAUGCGGUAACUUACUAACUCCCAACAGCCUUUGAAGUACUGUUAUCUUGUUUCAAUUAGGAAAGUGAGGAACAGAGAGGUUAAGUAGGUUGCCCAAAGAUACAGCUAGUAAAUGGAAGAGCAGAGAUUCAAACCCAGGCAGUCUGGCUUCAGAGCCCAUGCUCUAACUGUCACAGAGUGAUGCCCUAAAGGCUGGAUGCAAGAUCUGUAACAAAUGUAAUUCAGUGACAGAAAAGACACAUUUGAGGUGACUUUGGUAUGCUCUUUGUGAAUGGAAGACACUGGGGAUCAGGUCAAGGCAAAGGGAGGCUGUAUAUUGGCUUUGGAGAAAAGAAGGCGGUGAAUGGGUUGAGAUAAAACAGUGAGGCAUAUCUAGUACAGAGUGGCUCAUUGUGUGUUUGACAGUCUCAAAACUGCUGUUGUCAGGGAGGUAGCAUGUGCAGAAGUUGAAAAUACAGCUCUAAGAGGCAGAGGACCUGGUUCCUAGAUUACCCAGUAAGGCUUAGUGGCUGCAUGGCACUGGCAUUUUUGUUGCUACAACUAUUUGAAAGUAGUACCUUCAUAGUAAGUGCCUGAGCUGGACCCCCAAUGUGUCUUUUAUCUCUAACGUACCGGAGUAGCUCCAUCUUCCUGAACUUGAGUAUCUAGCAGAUUAUCCAUGAUAUGUGACCUAGGUACCACUGCUGGAGUCCCCCUCUAACUGACUUACUGUCUUUGGAUCAGGCUUGGUUAGGUUCAAGCGCACAUAAUUGAAAAUCCAAAAUAAUAGAGCUUAAAAUAAGACUGGAGUUGAUUUUUCCUUUUUUUAAAAGAGAUCUGGGGACUUCCCUGGUGGUGCAGUGGUUGGAAAUCUGCCUGCCAAUGCAGGGGACACGGAUUCGAGCCCUGCUCUGGGAAGAUCCCACACGCCGCGGCAGCUAAGCCCAUGCGCCACACCUACUGAGCCCACGUGCCACAACUACUGAAGCCCACGCGCCUAGAGCCUGUGCUCCGCAACAAGAGAAGCCACCGCAAUAAGAAGCCCGGGCACCGCAAUGAAGAGUAGUCCCCCCCCUUGCCUCAACUAGAGAAAGCCGGCGUGCAGCAAUGAAGACCCAAGGCAGCCAAAAAAUUAAUUAAUUAAUUAAAAAAUAUAUGUAAAAAAAUAAAAGAGAUCUGGAGAUAGGCAGCUGCACACUGGCAGCGGGAAUCCUGCCUCCUUCCAGUUCACCGCACUGCCAUCCAUCAGAUGGGGCAAUAUCCUCAUAGUCUAAAGCAACAGCUAGAGCUCCAGCCAUUCCAGGAUGCAGGAUGGAAGAAAAGAAGAAGAGCAUGUCAACUUCCUUUCAAGGAAAUAUCCUCUUUUUCUAUUCUAGGUCCGCGGUUAAAAACGUACGCCAGGGGGAGGAAAGCCAGAGUCCACAGAGACGUGCGUUCUGGCUUCCUAGAGAGGAAGCUCGUGAAGCUUGGGCGCCGCAGCCGACGUAGUGACGCACUUCCGGUCACGCCGUACAUUGCGCCUUUCCUGAGCUCCUGCCCUUCAUUGAGAGGAAGCCCAGGUGAUGGCUGUCGUGCCCCUGAGAGCCUGGCACCAGGAGGUGGUGACCUUUGAGGACGUGGCUGUAUACUUCACCCAGACAGAAUGGGCUGGCCUUUCUCCUGCACAGAGGGCCCUGUACAGAAGUGUGAUGCUGGAGAUUUAUGGGAACUUGACGUCUCUGGGAUACCCAGUUCCCAAACCUGCGUUGGUCUCACUUCUGGAGAGAGGGGAUUUGCCUUGGGGCCUGGAGACACGGGAUGAUCGCCCUGCACAGGGGACCAAAGACAUCUGUAAAAAUGCGGGGACCAACAUUGACAAUGAGUUGACACCAACAUGGGGAGUUUCUGAAGAAAGAGACAUGAUGAUGUCACAUGGGCCACAGAAGAAUGUUCUUAAGAGAAACAGCUUCCUAAAAUCAUGUGAACUGGAGAAGCACCAGGAAAUCCCCACAGUGAAAAAUAUUAGAGGAAAGGUUCCAAGAAUCCACUAUGAUAGGAAGGCCUUCAGAUGUGAGGAAUGUGGAAAAUGCUUCAGCUAUUUUUGUUACUAUGUUAGACACCAGAGAAUCCACACUGGGGAGAAACCCUUUGAGUGUAAUGAGUGUGGAAAAGCCUUUAAUGGCAAUUCUUCAUUAAUUCGACAUCAAAGAAUCCACACUGGAGAGAAACCCUAUCAGUGUGAAGAGUGUGGGAGAGCCUUUAAUGAUAACGCAAAUCUGAUCAGGCAUCAGAGAAUCCACAGUGGGGACAGACCCUAUCUCUGCAAGGAGUGUGGAAAUGGUUUCACCAGUAGUUCUGAGUUUGUUAUACACCAGAGAAUUCACACUGGGGAGAAACCCUAUGAGUGUAAUGAGUGUGGAAAAGCUUUUGUUGGUAAUUCACCACUGCUGCGACAUCAGAAAAUCCACACUGGAGAGAAACCUUAUGAGUGUAAUGAGUGUGGCAAAAGCUUCGGACGGCCUUCUUAUCUUAGUCAGCAUCAGCGUAUUCACACAGGGGAAAAGCCUUAUUCUUGUAAAAUAUGUGGGCAAGCCUUCAAUUUUCAUACAAAACUAACUCGGCACCAGCGAGUCCACAGUGAGGUGAAACCCUUUGACUGUGUAGAUUGUGGAAAGGCCUUUAGUGCUCAGGAUCAAUUAAAAAGGCAUCUAAGAAUACAUAUUCAGAAGACUUCCUAUGUGUGUGAUGAGUGUGGAAUAGUCUUUACUAGCAAAAGAAAUCUGCUUCAGCAUCGAAGAGUCCAUACUAGAGAGAAACCCUGUGAAUGUGUCAAGUAUGAAAAAACCUUUAGGACUUCUUCCCAGCUAGAUCAUGUCCACCCUGGAGAGAAGCCAGUGCUGGAUGUUGGAUGUUUUGGCCUCCCAGAAUUUUUUACCCCCUUUUACUGGUAAUAGUACACUAAAUUUCCUUUUGGAUUCUGUCUUCCACGCAGGGGUAGAAUUUGUGACACAGGCCCAGCUCAGCUGCAGAUUCCUUCCCUCAAGCUAUAGCUGUUGGUUCAGAUGUCAGUAGAUAACCCAAGAUAGUCCAGUUAGAAUCCCAGACUUGGCAAGAGUUAAUAACCUUGUAAAUGGUGAGUGUGGCCCUGGCACAACAACCAGACGGCAGACUGUGGCCUGGCAAUCCUUUUGCCUUCCAGUUGUUAACAAACUUUUGACAUUCCUACUCAUUAAGAUCUUAAUCAUUCAUACUCGUUAAGCAGCUGGGCCUCCUAAUGGGCAGUUUCACAGUGGCUGAAUGGUAUUGGAGAGCCACAUGCACCCAUGUGGACUUUGGAAAGCCUGCCAAUUAUGAAUUCCAUGGUAUUGAAUAAUCCUCGAACCUACCAGUACUUCACUGAACAAGAAUUUUCUAUCACCCUUAGCAUUUGGUGUCUGCUCUUUGUCAUGGAGAGAGGAGACUGGAAAAAUGAGCAAUGUUUGUUCUUUGGGAGUGGUUGAUUAAUGUGGCCAGGGGGCAGGCAUGAAUCCUGGGCUACCACCUCCCAGGAACAAGAGUGAGGUCUGUGUGCCUUCCUAGGGCACAUGAGCUAUUCUGGGCCAGUCUCUGAGAUGCAAGGACCCAAUGCCCAAGGCAGGAGCCUUGAGUUUACCAUCAUCAUCAACCUUGCUUUUCAGCAAAUGGAAAAACUUCUUGCUGUCGUGAAAGGAUAGCAAGAACAUUAGAUGGGUGGCUGCAGCCCCUGACCCUAAGUGAAUCCCUUUCUACCUUGUGCUUCAGAUUCUGUGCUGUGCAGUGGGUGGUCAGUGAUAGGGAAUCUGCUGCUUUCACCGAGCCAGCAUCUGUCCUCAUGUCCAAGUGCAGCACCUCAGCUUUCCUUUGGGAGCUACAUCUUACCUGCUUCCAGUCCAAAUAGUUUCAGAGGGCUGACCCCACAUUCCACCCACCUGGCCGAUCCCAUUUUCCAUCCUCUGAUUGCUGUGAUCAGUGCAAGGAUGAGAAUGUUAUCCAAGCCAUGAGUUUUCAAGGAAGCCUACUGAAGGAGAAACCAUUCCCAGUAUGGACUUUGAGCUUGUGUCAUCUUGGAGUUGCUGGAUGCAAUGAGAGAAACUGUGCCUGUGAAUGGGACCACAAGGCACUCAGCAGGCUGAUGGUCGGAGAGGGACCAGGUCACACUACAAGCAUGUGAACCCUUGAACCUGACACCUCUGAACCCAGUCUUCGACUUGUCUCUUGUCAUCCAUAACACCCAAGACAUGGUGGCUCCUAAUGUAAUCUUACGGUGUCUCUUAAUAACAUGUGGACUCCUACAAGGCCAAUUAACAUCACAACUUUCAUUGAACUGGAUCUGGCAGGUGGAGCCAAGUCCACCUCUCUGACUUUCGAGGCUCGUGCAUGUUCAGCUGGAGGACUUGAUUCCAUGCAGCUGACAGGGGCUUGGUGUUCUCAGGAUUCUCCAGGGCUUUGGCUUCCGGACAAUGACUGGCUGAGUCAACACAGACAGAAGGUUGGUCUCCUCUGGACACACUAGUCCGUGCAGACAGGAGCCAGUGUCUUCAGGACCUGCUGGGAGGCACCGCCGCGGGAGUAAAAGCAAUCUUGAGACUUCCCCUCAUUUUCACAGCCUUGACGGAUUUAAAGCACACAAGAUGAGUAUGAUCUGGGUGGCUUUUUCUGCAUGGCUUCUUUCUCUUAGAAUGUUUUCAAUAUUCAUACAUGUUGUAACUUGUAUCAGUACUUCAUUCACAUUUUCCAUUGUGAUUAAAUGUCAAACAUAACAUUUACCACUUAAACCAUUUAAAGUAUAUAGUUCUGUGACAUUCACAUUUAUAUUAUUGUACAAAUAUCCUUACCAUCCAUCUCCUGUACUUCUUUUUUUCCAAGUGAAACUGCAUCCAUUAAACACUAACUCCCUUCAACCCUUGUCAACCACAUUCUAUUUUCUGUCUCUGAAUUUCACUUCUCUGGAUACCUCAUAGAAGUGGGAUCAUAUAAUAUUCGUCCUUUUGUGACAGGCUUAUUUCACUUAGCAUAAUGACUUUAAGGCUCAUACAUGUUGUAGCAUGUAUCUGAAUUUCCUUAGUUUUUAAGGCUGCAUAAUGUACCUUUGUGUAUAUAUCACAUUUUGCUUAUCAGUUCAUCUAUCCAUGGACACUUGGGUUGCUUGCACCGUUUGGCCAGUGUAAUGCUCCUGUGAAUAUGGGUGUACAAAUAUCUGUUUAACUCCCUCCUUUCAAACCUUUUGAAGUGGAAGCGAUGAAUCAUACUUUGUUUCUGACGAACUGCCAUACUGUUUUCCCACAGCAGAUGGCACCAUUUUGCUAUAUUUCUGUGUAUGGCAGGAUAAUGUGGAACUUUAUAGAUCUACCCUCUUCUGCUUAUCCACUCAUCCACUGAUGGAUAUUUGAAUUGUUUCUACCAUUGGGCCAAUGUCAGCAGUGCUGCUAUGAAUAUUCAUGUACAAGUUUUUGUUUGAACUCCUGUUUUCAAUUCUUUGUGUCAUAUAUCUAGGCAUUGAGUUCUUGAACCAGACUCUAAUUGUAUUUUACCUUUUUUGAGGAAAUGCCAAACUAUACAUUUCCACAAGCAAUGUGUAAGGGGGUUCCAAUUUCUCUACAUUGUUGCCAGCAUUUUUGUUUGUUCUUGAUUAUAACCAUUUAUUACAUGUGAAUGGAUGUCACUUUGUGGUUUUAAUUUGCAUGUCCAUCAUAACAUUAAAGAAAUGUACCUAAGAGGGUUUUAUUAGACUCUCAAACCUCAGGAUACUGCUUAGUAGACAUAACUGUUGUAUAACCAAAAACUAUUCACAUUCUCUUUAAACAAAUUUUAAAAACCAUUAAGCACAAAAACGAUCCACCAAAAUUCAUUACAAUAUCACAACCACUCAAUUAACCCAGUUAACCCAAGCCCACCAUAAAUUUGUGAAGGUUUUGAAGACCUACAAAACUACCAAAAUAGUACUUAAAACAAAUACAGUGUGUCAUCAUUAUUCUUAAAUGCAGUGUAAUCAUGGCCAAUGACCUGAAAAAUCAUCAUUGUAUUUCAGCUAUAGGAACACUAAUGACCAACAUUUAAAAAUCCCACCCAUUAAUCAGAAUUGUUAAUAAUGCAUAUAAUGAUCUACCAGCCCCAUCAAAUAGCUCAUCAUGAUGAAAAUUUCGUCCCUGCUUUAUAUUUAAUUUUACAAAUCUUGACAGGGUUCUUUUUUUUUUUUUGGCUGCGUUGGGUCUUCAUUGCUGUGCAUGGGCUUUCUCUAGUUGUGGUGAGUGGGGGCUACUCUUUGUUGCGGUGCGCAGGCUUCUCAUUGCAGUGGCUUCUUUUGUUGCAGAGCAUGGGCUCUAGGGUGCGUGGGCUUCAAUAGUUGUGGCACAUGGGCUCAGUAGUUGUGGCUCGCAGGCUCUAGAGCGCAGGCUCAGUAGUUGUGGCGCACAGACUUAGUUGCUCCGCAUGUAGGAUCUUCCCAGACCAGGGCUUGAACCCGUGUCUCCUGCAUUGGCAGGCGGAUUCUUAACCACUGAGCCACCAGGGAAGCCCGACAGGGUUAUUCUUAACAAUACAUUAUAUACAUCAGAUACAGUAACUGCCUUCUCAUCUAUAACUCAUAUCUACCAAAACAUAAACUAUGGAUGAAUUAUCUGAUAUGUAUAUGCCAACGGACCUUUCCUAUUCUUAUUCUUUGUUUGCUUAUUUAUCCAUGUAGGGAGAGGCCUGUAUUAUGGAUCUUACACCUUCCUAGAAAUAUGAAACAACGGAAUCAUCCUACUAUUUAAG